GCACGACCACGCUGCACCUCGCCGCCUUGCAGGAGGAUGCGCCCCUCUGCUUGGAACUGCUCUCGAACGCCGAGUUCGAGGCGGUCAACAGCUUGGACCUGCUCGGCAGCAGCGCGCUUCAUUACGCUGCUGAGCGGGGUCUCUCCGAGGUCUGCCUCGCGAUCCUGGCGCACCCCGGCUUCCGGGAGGUGCACGCCGCGAACCGGCUCGGCCGCACCGCCCUGCACGUCGCCGCGCUCCACGGCGACGCGCGCGUGUGCGCCGAGAUCCUGGGGCACCCCGCGUCUGUGGGCCUCGACGUCGGCAGUGCCGUGGACGUCUUCGGCGACGCCGCAGAGGAGCGGCGACGGGGGCACGCCCGUUGGCUCGCCCUCGCCGCCGCCGCACAUGUGGGCCGCCCCGCUGGCGGCUACACGCUGCCGGCGCAGUAUAGCUUUCUCCUGGGGGACCCGGUCCUUGGCGAUCAGCAGUGCGACAUAACGGUCUGCGAUAGUCUCUUCGACACGUACGCGUAUGUGAACAUAGCCACCGUGGCGAUUCUAGAUGACCCCAGCUCCACCGUCUUCGAGGGUCAGGACGACGCCAUGUUCAAGAUCGUGGAGGAGUCGAUGACCCAGGACGACGCGCGCGCCGGUGGUUGCUUAGCGUCGUCGAUCGGCGACAGAUACGUCUCCGGAACCUGGGCCACGACCGGCGUGCACACGACCGCGACCGGGAACUCGCUGACCGCAGACGUCGGAUUGUUUUUCGAGAUGGGUGGCAUGUACAAGUUGUGUUACUCUCGCAACGGCACCUUCGGUGCAGACGAUGCCGACAUCAUGCAGGUGCCGAUACGGGCCAAGGGCGUCUUCGACACCAAUUGCACCGCCUCGGACUGUCUCAAGGAGCACCGGUACGAGUGCUACUUACGGAAGGACUCCUACGGCACAGCAGACGGACUGUACGCCGUGACUUCCUCGUGCGCUGUGGACUACUCGUACCAGGGUGCGGGCUACAAGGGCGACCCAGGGCUGGGCACGUGGACGGCGGAGUUCUCCGCCACCGUCAGCGCGUCGACGGGACAGGUGACCCAGGUCACCACCCAGCCCUGCGGCUCCGCGCCCGCCGGCUUCAUCUGCUCGAACGGCGGCGCCUGCGACGCAGGCUCCAAGCUCAUCACGCCGUUGGCGGAUGCCGGCAACAGGCAGAUCUAUUUCCCCGCGACCUCCAAUUUGCUUACUGGGGAUACCUUUUAUCCACGGACGGUCGCCGCGUGCUAUUGUCCCGACCGAGCAGAUUGUACGUCUGUUGGAAGCUUCGUCCAGCAGAUCGGCAUAUUGAAUUACUACCUGAGUAAAGUGUGCCACUACCUCGACACCAGCUGCGAGAGUGACUAUACAGGCAUUGUGCCCCAGUACCAGUUCCGCGUGCGAGUCGAGUGCCCCACCGACGCUUGCCCGGCCAACAACAACAAUCGCAUGAAGCUCGUCCAAGCCGACUCGGCAAACGAUUUACCGUCUUGGUCACCUCAGAGCGGUUGCGGAACGGCGCAGCACGGCGUGUUAGGCACCACCAACGUGUUCCCGGAGACGACCGACGACGGAGGCGGCACCAUCAACCCCCAGAAUUGCGCAGGGCCGCUGGAAUGUUCCCUCUCGGGCGGCUCGACUACAAGGAGUUUGGCGGCGAGAGUGGUUUCCAGUUCGUACUCGGUGACAGCCACCACGAAGUCCGCCGCUUCCACGAGAGCAAACUCUUCGACGUGUGCUACUGCAACGACAACUGCGGCGUAG